AUGGCGGACGAGCAGCGCCAACGGGACCGCGCGCAACUCGGCGCUGCGAUUGACAGUCUGUCCGACAGUGCGCUAAAGACGCACAUGCUGACUGCAUUGCGUGCGUUUGAGACGUCUGCGAGCUCCACGCAGUCAAUGGUCGUGCAACAAGAGAAGGAGAAAGACGAUGCAAUUGCCGUCAAGUUGAGGGACAAGUCGGCGACUGUGCACGAGCCUCGAGACGCUCUGUUCUUGGCGGUCCACGUGCUGUUGCUGGAAGCUGGCUACAAGUUGACGGGCACUGUGGGCUCGGAGUUUGCCCUGCCGGAGGACUGGGACGUUAACCGUGCCAACGGACUUUAUCAGGCAGAGUAUGUGCACCCGAACGACGACUCGAUCAAGUUCUCCCUCCAGGGACUGGUCGUUGGAGGCAAGUUGCAAGUGUACGUGUCGGACGACAAGGACCAUACGCACUCGAUCGAACUGAGUGUGGACAAGCACGUUGCUUCAAGCAAGUCGACGUCUCCUCUCGCGGCAGCAGACGUGCUUCGAGAUCUAAAGACGCUGCGGGAAACGGUGGCACCGUUUGCCGAACGGAUUCGACCGGCAAAGAAGAAGGAGAAGCCAGCAUCGGCAGCGGGUCGUCCAGCAUUCGUGCAACCGCCGCCAAACCGAGAUGAUCGAGGCGGAGCGUCCGGGAUUCCGUCGUCACCUGCUCGCAUUCCGUCAGUUGGCAGCGGGGACGUGUUUCCGCCAGGCCUGGGAGGAAGUCGUGGUGGAGGUGGGGGUGGGAACCGGGACAUGCUGGUCGGACCCGACCAUCCUCUGUUUGGUCACCGUCGUGACCCAUCGAUGGGUCCCGUCCCUGGCGCACGCUUUGACCCUUUCGGUCCACCGAUGAACCCUCUCGGUCCAAGUGGCCUCCAUGGUCCACCGUCUCGCGGCCCAGCGCCACUGAUGCCAUUCGGAGGCCCAGGACCCGAUCACUUGCGCAUGCCCCGUGACGACGACAUGGCCCCUGAUUUCGGUGGCCUGAAUGGACGUGGCAGUCGCAGCCGAGGGAGCGACUUUUCCCAGCCGUUUGGUGCGAACCACUCGUUUUUCUAA